AUGGAGAGGAAACAUGGGUUUUUUUCGGCGUUGGAGGAAGUAGUGCGCGGGUUAUCUCCGGCGAGGUCGCGGGCCAAGAGUCCUGGUCGGAGCGUGUCUCCGAUGUCGGGUCUGCUCCGACGGAAGGUCAGGUCGAGCAACUCCGACAACUUGGUUGCGAGAUCCGGCAGCCUGAGGCCGGUGGGCGAGACCCUGACUCCGUUGAUGGAGGGCCCAGAUCCGGAUGGCGAGGAAAUUGGGGAGUCGAAGCGGUUCGGGUCUGGUAUUGGGCAAUGGGUCCGAGGGCAGCUGACCCGGAACCCGUCCGUCGCCGUCGAUGGCGGCGGCGGCAGCAGGAGGUCUGAUUUGAGGCUGCUUCUCGGAGUAAUGGGUGCGCCGCUGGCUCCUGUGCACGUUAGCACCACCGACCCUUUGCCCCAUCUCAGUAUAAAGGACACGCCCAUUGAAACUUCUUCGGCACAGUACAUUCUGCAACAGUAUACUGCAGCAUCCGGCGGGCAAAAAAUCCAAAACUCGAUUAAAAAUGCAUAUGCCAUGGGAAAGCUGAAGAUGGUGGCCUCAGAAUUCGAAACUGCAUCGAAAAUCGUCAAGAACCGAAACAUCGCUAGAGCUGCUGAAUCGGGUGGAUUCGUUUUAUGGCAAAUGGAUCCCGACAUGUGGUACGUCGAGCUUGCAGUCGGGGGAAGCAAAGUUCACGCGGGCUGUAAUGGCAAGCUCGUCUGGCGCCACACCCCAUGGCUCGGUGCCCACACUGCAAAGGGACCCGUUCGGCCCUUACGCCGUGCCCUGCAGGGGCUCGAUCCAAGAACAGUUGCCAGUAUGUUCGCAGAUUCGAUUUGCAUAGGAGAGAAAACCAUAUACGGUGAGGAUUGCUUCAUCCUGAAGCUGGCUGCCGAUCCUCAGACGCUCAAGGCGCGUAGCGAAGGCCCGGCCGAGAUCAUUCGCCACGUCAUGUUCGGUUAUUUCAGCCAGAAAACAGGCCUUCUCGUUCACAUGGAGGAUUCUCAUCUGACCCGGAUACAGUCCAACGGUGGGGAGGCCGUUUAUUGGGAGACCACAAUCAAUUCAUUCUUGGAUGACUAUCGGCCGGUCGAGGGAGUCAUGAUAGCACAUUCCGGAAGAUCGGUCGUGACCCUUUUCCGAUUUGGGGAGAUGGCUAUGAGCCACACGAAGACUCGUAUGGAAGAAGCUUGGACCAUUGAGGAAGUUGCUUUCAAUAUCCCGGGCCUUUCCAUGGAUUGUUUUAUACCACCGGCUGAUUUGAAAUCGGGCUCGAUUAGUGAGACUUGCGAGCUGCCGCACGAGGAUAAGGGCAAAUCCGGCAUUUUACUUGCCAAGAAUGGGGCGAAAGUGGCUGCGCUAGUACGAGACGGGCAAGCUGGCGGCAAUGUGGUGUGGAAGGUGGAGAUUUGA